AUGUUCUCAGGUCGAGUCCCCAUGAUGCAGCACACUCGCAGGGGCACAGUGCCCAUGACCGAGGAGCAGCGCAGUAUGAAGUCCGAGUCCCAAAAUGACUCAAUCAAGUCAUCUGAAUGCAGGAUGCGAUUGAUUUCACGCACCUGGAUGCUCCUGCUGGACUACAAGCAGUAUAAGGCAGCUCGAACCAUCCAAUCAAAUUGGCGAGGAUUCUACUACCGGAAGAUGUUCGAGGACAGAAGAAAGGCGGCCAUUACAAUCCAGCGGUGGUGGCGUGGGUUCUCGGUCAGAAACAAUCACUACAGCUUUGUGGAGAACAUGCUGCAGAAGCGCCUGGUGGACCACUACCACAGAUCGGCCACCAAGAUCCAGGCUCUGUUCCGCGGAUGGUGGAGUCGCCAUACGAUCCACGAUAAUAGCAAGUUGCUCAGGUUGCAGGUCUGCGCCGCCGAGGAUCUCCUAAAUUGCGUGGCCUUCAAGUUGCACCACCUGCUUCGCACCUACGCCAUUCCCGGCGUCUAUUCGCUGAAGAACUCCAACUGCUUGUCGCGAGUAGAGAAACUGCUGGCGAGCCUGCAUUUUCGGUUUCACAAUGGCAAGGAGAAGCUGCAAAUUGCCAAAAAUCUGGCCGAUAAAAAGAAGGAUCAACAAAUUUAUAAGAAAAGUGCAAGGCUCAGUGAUGUUCCGUUCAGAGGAGCGCGAUAUUGGAGCCAAUGCAAGCCAAAGUGCGAGGUAGCCCUGAAAUUGUCCAAGGAUAUUGACAAGCGCAUGUUCAGGAUCAUUGAAAUGUACGAUGCUUCGCAGAGGGAUGCGCAAGCGGCCUUGGCCCAAAAGAAUUUGGCAUACAAAAGGCAGAAAAAGCUAAUGAACAAUAUAAAGAAGUCGGCUGAGAGAAAUAAGCGUGACUUUUGCGGCGAUGUUAUUGCCAGCAUGCGCCGCUGGAAAAUCCUGGUGGACAACAACCUGAAUGUGGACAAAAACAUUUUUAGGAAACCGGAAAAUCUAGAGAAGUUCCUCGCCGAAAUAUCACCUUACGGGAAAGAGUUUGAGAACUGCACCUGCUAUUGCCGCAUUCCCGUACUAACAGAAAUCUAUUGCGGCUAAACACUUUACACAAUACAACCUGUAAACCACUAUGUAAUAUUUUAUUAAUAAAACAACUAUGUAAA